GUUCCCUGUGGCAAUUACUGUGACUGGCCCUUCCGCAUUUUUCAGGUCGCAGUGUUCAAGGGGACGAGGCACGACAAAGGUGUGUCGAACGUCGAAGGAGGACAAAAGACCAGGAGAGAGAGAGAGAGCGUGCAUGAGUCUGAUAUCCAUCUAACUGUGAAGAGAAGAGCCUUCAAAACUCGGGAGUUUUCGUCCCUUAAAUGACGGAGACUCUACAGCCACACUGCCAACCGCUGCACAAGAGAACGUGAAAGAACGGACUGAAGAACACUAAAAGAACGAUCCGAAGAACGAUCGAAAUGACGGAACACACCCCCAGGGGCAGCUGGUACCUCCCCAUUUUACUCCUGACCUUGGCUGCCUUCAAAUCGGUGUCAGCUCAGGUCAAUCUCUUGAUGGUCUAUGAGGAGAACAACCAGCCAGCCAAAGCGGGUCUUAUGGCCGCUAUCCAGUACCUGAAGGCCAACCCCAGCGAAGGAGUGACCCUGGGUCGACAAGACACCAUGAUGGUGAAACCAGGAGGGGACAUCGAAGUAACAGUGAACGCCACCUGUGACAUUCUUGAUGCUGCCAUCGAUGCAUCAGCGCCUCCUCAUAUCGUCCUCGACGCCACGACGACGGGCAUGAUGUCUGAGACUAUGAAGAGCUUCACGAGGGCACUGGCUUUGCCCACCGUCUCCGCCUCCUACGGCCAGACAGGAGACCUCAGGGAAUGGCGCGAUCUCACACCUGAUGAGCAGAAAUUCUUGGUGCAACUGAUGCCUCCUGGUGAUAUUAUGGUUCAAGCAAUCCGAGAUAUUGUCCGCACGCAGAACAUCACCAAUGCUGGUAUCAUCUAUGAUAGCACCUUUGUAAUGGAUCAUAAAUACAAGUCUCUCUUACAAAACCUGCCCUGCCGUCACAUUAUGGUGAUGAUUGAGUCUACGGAAGCCGCCAUCAGGAACCAAACCAAGAGACUGAAGGAUGCUGACAUUGUCAAUUUCUUCGCCGUGGGAACCCUGGAGACCAUUAGCAAGGUCCUGGAUGCCGCAACAGCCAAUAAUAUGUUCGGAAGGAAGUACUCCUGGUACGGCCUCAGCAAGGACCGAAAUGACAUCCAGUGCGGCUGCGAGAACGCGACCGUCGUGUUCCUCAGGCCCUCCAUGACCACCGAAACCAAAGGGCGCCUGACCAUGCUCAAGCAAAGCUACCAGAUGAACGCCAUGCCCGAGAUCGAUGCGAUGUUCUACUUCAACUUUGCCCUCAGAGGAAUCAAGGCAGCCGGUCAACUGGCUGCUCAGGGAAAGUAUACCAACUUCAAAUUCCUGAAGUGCGCAGCCUUUGACGAGAACAAUCCGCCAGCUCGAGAGAACUUCGACUUGAAAUCCGCUCUGCAAGCAGUGAAAGUCGUCGACCCACUGGCCGACAUCAACUGGGGCGUGAAUGGAAUGUCGUACCUGAAGAUUAUUAUGACGAUGGACAAGUUCUUGAUCCUGAGAGGUAGAACGGCCAAGAGGGACGCCAUUGGAGAAUGGGAAGGCGGUAUGCCCGGAUCGCUCAUGUUCAAGGCUGGGCAGAAUCUCGCCGAUCAUCAGGCCGUUACGGUAUACCGAGUGACAACGGUGCAGCAACCUCCCUUCAUCAUGAAACGAACCGGUGCGGACGGAAAGGUGGAAUUCUACGGCUAUUGUAUUGAACUCAUCAACGAAAUCAAAAACAUCAUCAAAUUCGAAUACGAGAUCUCUGAAGCCCCUGACGGGAAAUUCGGAACCAUGGAUGAGAACAUGCAGUGGAAUGGGAUGAUCAAGGAACUCAUUGAGAAGCGAGCUGACAUCGCGCUGGCUCCUCUCUCCGUCAUGGCUGAAAGAGAGAACGUGGUCGAUUUCACCGUGCCCUACUACGAUUUGGUCGGCAUCACCAUCCUGAUGAAGAAGCCCGAGGUGCCCACUUCACUCUUCAAGUUCUUGACUGUGCUGGAACCGGAGGUCUGGAUCUGCAUUCUCUUCGCUUACGGUUUUACGAGCAUCCUUCUGUAUAUCUUCGACCGCUUCAGCCCUUACAGUUACCAGAACAACAAAGAGAAAUAUAAGGAUGACGACGAAAAGAGAGAAUUCACCUUCAAGGAAUGUCUCUGGUUCUGCAUGACAUCUCUCACCCCUCAGGGUGGCGGUGAGGCGCCCAAGAAUCUCUCUGGUAGGCUGGUUGCUGCAACAUGGUGGCUGUUCGGUUUCAUCAUCAUCGCUUCCUACACUGCUAACUUGGCUGCCUUCUUGACAGUCUCACGUUUGGACACGCCCAUUGAAUCUCUGGAUGACUUGGCAAAUCAGUACAAAGUACAGUACGCCCCCGUCAACGGCACUUCCACCAUGACAUACUUCGAGCGAAUGGCUUACAUUGAAAACAAAUUCUACGAGAUCUGGAAGGACAUGUCCCUCAAUGACUCGAUGAGCGAGGUGGAGAGGGCCAAGUUAGCCGUUUGGGAUUACCCCGUGAGCGAUAAAUACACGAAGAUGUGGCAGUCGAUGCAGGAAGCCGGUCUCCCGGCGACGAUGGAAAGUGCGGUGGAGAGAGUCAGAAAAUCUACUUCAUCAAGCGAAGGUUUUGCUUUCAUAGGCGACGCAACAGACAUCAGGUACCUGGUGUUGACCAACUGUGACCUGCAGAUGGUAGGUGAGGAAUUCUCUAGGAAGCCUUAUGCAGUGGCUGUCCAGCAAGGAUCACCACUGAAGGACCAGUUCAAUGACGCCAUCCUGAAGCUGCUUAACCAGAGGAAACUGGAGACGCUGAAGGAACGCUGGUGGAAUCAGAACCCGGAGAAGAAGGUUUGCGAAAAGGACGACGACCAGAGCGACGGUAUCAGCAUCGAGAAUAUCGGUGGUGUGUUCAUUGUCAUCUUCGUGGGCAUCGGGCUCGCCUGCAUCACCCUGGCCUUCGAGUACUGGUGGUACAAGCACAGGAAGGGAGGCAAGAUCACGGAUUCGGCCAAAGUCCUCUCCGUUCAGGAGUAUCCUAACAGCGGCGGCAAAAGGGACAAGUCGAACUUCAACACAGAUUACAAUGGCGAAUACAACAUUGCACCGGUUGCCAAUCCCUGGUAGAGCCGAGAUCCUUCAGAAAGUUGUCAAGAAGAGGAUGAGGGAGCUGCUGACGAAUGUAAAUAUUUUAAAAGGUCAAGAAUGUCGUCACGGGAUCACUUUUUACUGGGCUCAAUUAAUUACUGUUAUUUUUUGUGAUUGGAUAAUUACGGUGGCCAAUUGUUAUAAAUUGGGGAACGAGUUUGUUAGAAUAAGUAUGUCAGUGGCAGGUAGGUACGUAUGAUUACCAUUCAACAAAAAUGUAAGUUAGUAUAACAGAAAUUUUCAUGGCUUCAAUUUAUUUUACCCAAUAUACAACUAUUUCGGCAAAACAUGUCGACAAGAGUAUACGUUAACAACUGGAAAUACUUUAUAUAAUGCGUAUAAAUGUAUACUAUACAUUUACAUACUUAUAUGUCCACAUGCAAAGACUUGUGAAUAUAAGUAUAUGUAUGUUUAUGUACUCGUGUCUGUAAAAUUAUAUGGAUGUAUAAACUAUAUCUAUCUAAUUCAUACUAUAAGUAUAAUGCUUUUCAAAACACAUUUUUGUAUAAAUUAUACAUAGAUAUAUAAUUUUUCUUUGCGUAUCAUAUGAUGAAUAUCAUGAAAUAUUCUCUUCCAUCUUUAUUUAGGAUUUCAUUUAUGUACGGUUGUUCUUCAUUUUUAGUCAGAUUCCAUAAUUUCCCGUCUUUUUCUCAAUGUGAAGCCAUGCUGCAAAGUAACAAUAAAUAAAUGAAUAAUAAACAGGUCAUGAGCCACGAAAACAGGUCAUGUAAUACCCUUUUAAUUCAACGGUCUGGCUCUGAUAAUAUCCAAGGAAUAUCGAUACUGUUGUUGUGAUAUGUACGUAUAAAACUCUUGGGUCACACUGUAUAAAGCAAAUCACUCGGUGAUUUAAGAGUAGAGAGUAUGUGUAAGAUUAGUUAAACUAUAUCUAAUUUAGUCGUAAUGAAUAGAAGUCUUGUUGGCACUGGAAGGAAAAUCAAAAAGCCUAAAUUUCUAUAAUAAUACUGCUUCGUGCCUAAAGCAAGGCUGUUUUUUAAAAGACAACGCGAAAACGCUAGUUUUUUUCUUCUGACUAAGCCUAUGUGACAAUAAUUAUGUCCCGUCCUUGGUGCUCAACAAAGCUUAUUAGAUGACUGAAGGACAUUAACGGGUGUUGAUGUUCUACAGUUACUGUGUUAGCUGUGACAGGUGGUUUUGACCUGCAAGGAAUGCAAGAAAAAUCAUUUCGUAGAAAGUAUCUUCCCUGAUACGCAUCAGCCGGGGUUACUCAGCCAAUCACAGCCCGUCAACGAUUAUCCUAAGAUUUUCCAGCUAAGCAAUCGAUGGAAAUACUUCCUGACCUUGUACCCUUGUAUUCGCUCUAUGAUAUUAACUUUAAGAGGUCGCAGUGCAAAAAAGAAAGAAAAAAAAAAGACCUGAACAUCAGCGUCUCUAAGCUGGUGCGUAGUAGGGACAGAUACUGGUCAUUCACUUCCAUAGCCGCACAAUUCUUUUCCCGGAAAGCUGUUAGUCUGUUCCUUCUGCGAUUGACAUCAGCUGCCACAGCUUAAUUCUUAGGAAGGUGAAGACGAAGAAGAAGAAGAACGAUCAAAUCCUGUGUUUAUGUUUUCACUCGCAGCACAUUUUAGCCCUUCAGAGGAGAGGCAGAUCAAUGCUAUUUCCAACGUAUAACAACAACCCUUCGCUGUCAUUUUAAAACGUAUUUCUUCACGCGGAUAGUUCAUAGUUGACGUCUGUGUUGCAUGAGCUGGUUGAUGUUACCUUUCCUGUCUGAACUGGACAAAGCGAAGAUAAUUCAAGUUCUUGCAAAAUUUCGGAGAAGGAUUGAAGUGAAGUAGUUUUCAAGUUUUGUUUUAUUUGUUUGCAUUACCCAGAAAUACCAAGUUCCCUCUGCCCUCUUUUUCAGGAUCAUGCUCGAAAGAUACUUUUUAAAAAAGUAUCAGAGACCUUUGCAGCGUAAUAUAUCUUGAGAGAUUUAUCACGUACUAACAAAUAAGCCUGUACUUGUAACGAUGGUUAUAUUAAGAAUGUCAAGUGUAAGAAAAAGAAUAAAAAAACUAUCUUACUCAA